UUUGCCCGAUGAGCGGAACGGACCAAGAACAAGACAAGAAGAAGCGGGUUAUAGUGGGAUGCACAGGGAGUGUUGCAUCUAUAAAAAUUCCUUUACUAAUUCAAGAACUUAAGAAUCUUAAUGAGAAGGUUGAGAUCAAGGUAGUAGCCACUGAUCAUGCCCUUCAUUUUUUCAACAAAGACUCUCUUCCUGUUCCAGUACUAACAGAUAAUCAUGAAUGGGAGAUGUGGAAAAGUGUGCAGGAUCCAGUUCUUCAUAUUGAGUUAAGGAGGUGGGCUGACAUGCUGGUGAUUGCCCCAGUAGACUGUAAUACACUGGCUAAGAUAGCUAAUGGGCUCUGUGACAACUUACUGACAUGUAUAGUAAGAGCUUGGGAUCUAAAUAAGCCAUUAUACUUUGCCCCAGCCAUGAAUACCUACAUGUGGGAGCACCCGAUCACAGCACAACAGAUAGAGACACUAAAGAACUAUGGCUAUAAAGAAAUCCCCUGUAUUGAGAAAAAGUUAGCAUGUGGAGACACUGGAUUUGGAGCAAUGGCAGAAGUUUCUACAAUUGUAGGAUAUAUAAAGGAAGCUUUGAACUUGACAUGAAAUUUCCUAAUUCUUAGUUGUACAUAAUCUUAGAGUAGUGGACAGCAUUCAAAGUUUCUUUUGUUGAUAUUAGCUAAUUUAUGAAGAAAAGUUGACUUUUUUUGGUUAAAAAGGAAGUUUUUUUAUCAUGCCAAAUGCAACAGAGAGAAAAUAAAGUCAUCAUCUGAUCA